AUGUCCCAACCAUCUAAGCAACAACAAUUAUCUAACGAAAUAGUUAAUACCCUACGUACUUCCCAACAACAAUUAGUUACGGUAAAAGCUCAAAUUCAACAAUUAGAAAGACAAGAUAGAAUUGCCCAAUUAACUAAACAAGAAUUAAAUUCAUAUGAUAAUAAAAACGUAUGGAGAUCAUGCGGUAGAGCAUUUGUAUUACAAAAGAAAGAAUCAUAUAUUGAAGAUUUAAGUAAAGAUGAGAGUACAGUUAAAGAGCAAAUCAAAGCCUUGAAUAUUAAGAAAGAUUAUUUAGAAACUACAAUCGAAAAAUCUGUAGAUGGGUUAAAAAAGCUAACUGCUGCAUCAUAA